AUGACGUUACCCGUUAGGAACAAUGCUUUGAGGAUCGAAACUCGGUCACGGCCCAUUCGCCACUCGGUCGUCGGCGACCACGACAGGUGGAAAGCCUGGCACUACGGCGACAGCCGACGACGACGACGGUCAACUGUGCAGACAACAAAGGCCGAACAGCUGAUCAGUCUGUUUGGUCUGUCACUCGUUUCGAAACGGCGGCGGCACGCCGAGGUGUGA